CUUGGGCAAAAAAUUAUGCGCGCGAUAUGUCUUGAUAUCCAUACCGCAGGAGCAAAUCAUCCACUCCCGACACAUCGGCAUUACUGCUCUGUGACGCGCCCUUUUUUUAGAGAGUCUCUAUUAUCUGCGGCAGUGUCGAAUUAUAAAAAACAGAGCAGUGUCGGCGCAAGUUGUGGGUGAUAGAAUGCUUUUAGAUCAAUUUGUGGCCAAUGACUGGUCUUAUGUUGGUGAAGGAAAUGCCAACAUUGUCGUCAGAUAUAUGGGCCAAGAUGUAGAAUUAAAAAAGAAAGUUUUAAGAGUGAAGAAAAAACAAGUGUAUACGGAAUCAGCAGCAAGGUUUUCUCAGCAGUUUACAGACAAGAUCAUUGCUCGUUUGCUCGGGCAAGAGUAUGUGCUACCUUUUGAAAUUGUCCAUGUUUCUCGUGAUUUCUUGAUUGAAUUAGCAAGCCAUAUUGAACCACAGCGUCCAUUGUGCCGACUCGAAAAGAAAAUCAACUGUGAUUCGACGGUAGCUAUACUCUUGGAGGAUCUGACGGAAUCAAGCUCCUUUCCGACGUUAACAUUUGAACUUAAACCAAAAUGGGGAUUUAAACCAAGAUCUAGUUUGAUACGAUAUCCAAAGCUAAAGCAGACACACUGUCGAUUUUGUAUGCAUUCUCACUAUCGAAAAGAGCAUGUCUCCGACUACUGUCCUCUUGAUCUAUAUUCGAGAGAUGAAACACGAGUAACUAAGGCGAUUAAAGUAUUGACAACAUGCAAACCACUUACAAAGACGCUCAAAAUAUCCUCCGAUCUAUGCUUGAAUAUGGAUGACAUUAGACAUAUUCUCAAGGAAAUUAUAUUAAAGGAUCCAAUAUUAUCAAGAAUACAGAAACUGCAGAGGCAAUUGGACGAAUUAGAUGUUGAAGGCAUAUUUCCAAUCUAUGAAAAACAUAAGCCUAUAAAGAAUAUAGACAUCGAGCAAUGGGUAAAAGUAAUUGACAACUUCGAAAAGGGACAUCGAGCGGAUAUGAUUCAGAGACUAUACGAGUAUGUACUAUCAAUGACAUUUAAAGACUGCUCCCUCUUAGUCAAUGCAAGACACAUCAAAGACAGUGAUCGAAUGAAACAUAUAAGGUUGAAGGAUGGGAUAUACAUAGGAUAUGAUAUCAAAGUAAUAGAUACGGACUUGAAGGAUAUAGAAAAGAUACCAUACUGGUACGAAUUAGAUCAAACCAUUGUUCAUUAUGCUAAGGAUACCCAUUUUAAUAAAGUUUGCGUUGAACAGUAA